AGACGACGACUUGAUUAGUCACAAAGCUAUUUGUGGAAAGAUGGCUAUUCAACACAAAGCCUUUCACUCUCUUCCUUUAACGUGAAUAACACGUCUCGUACAAAGACUAAUGGUGAGUACUAGUAACAAAUCAUCUCUUCUUGAAUUAUUUUUCUUUGUCGUCUGUAACUCUCUCAGUCCCUUGUGACUUGUAUUCUUUUGUAUUCCAUGUUCUCAUCUGAUUCAGACUGGUUAUCAUUUACCGUGUUUGGCACUUAAUUUUCGAAAUUUCCUAUAAUCGAGAAAAAUGUGUGGAAAAAUAAUUAUUCAACACGUACGAAGCCUUCUCAGUCUCUUCCUCUGAUGUGAAUAGUAUUUGGUGAAAAGUCUAGAUGGUGAUUCAAGCUGGGUGGAUUUGGAUCACUGUCUCUGUGUUUAUAUAAGGGAAUGAGCAUGCAACCAUGUUGUCAUCACAAUUUCUUCUUUUUCUGCACUUCUUUUUCAUUAUUGAUAUUCAAGAAGAAGGAAAGUUUCUAGAAAAUGAAUACCAUUCAUACUACUCUUUCUUUUCUCUUCUUUUUCACUUUUAAUUUUCUAGACGUGUUUGCAGUUCCUAAUACUCAUUUGUGCCACCCGGAACAAAGGUCUGCACUUUUCGAGUUCAAGAAAGAGCUUGAGAUUAAAUUUUCUUGUAAAAGUUAUCUUACCGAUGAUGACAGUGUUGGGCCUUAUAAGACAGAGUCUUGGAAAAAUAACACCGACUGUUGUUAUUGGGAUGGAAUCACGUGCAAUCCCAGGACCGGGAAAGUGACAGAGAUAAACCUCUCUUCCAGCUGCCUCUACGGCAGGUUUCAUUCUAAUACCCUUCAAAAUCUUGCCUUCCUUACUAUUCUAGACCUUUCAUAUAAUGAGUUAUAUGGUCAAAUUGGGUCUUCGGUUGGAGAACUUUCACAUCUCAUAUCCUUGGAUAUUUCUUAUAAUCAGUUUUCGGGUCAGAUUCCAUUUUCAAUUGGAAAGCUUUCUAAUCUCAACAAUCUCACUCUUUCUGGUAAUAAGUUUUCGGGUCAGAUUCCAUCCUCAAUUGGAAAGCUUUCUAAUCUCACCUAUCUCGCUCUUUCUGGUAAUCAGUUUUCGGGUCAGAUUCCAUAUUCAAUUGGAAACCUUUCACGUCUAGUCGGUCUUCAUUUCUCUGGUAACAGUUUUGUUGGUGAAAUCCCGUUUACUUUUGGCCGUUUGAACCAGUUGACCUCCUUACUUGUUGGUUACAACAAGCUUAGUGGUAAUUUUCCUAUUGCAAUACUAAAUCUGACAAAUCUGUCAUUUUUAUCACUCUCCUACAAUCAGUUCACAGGAACUCUUCCUCCAAACAUCACUUCACUCUCCAAUUUGGAGUAUUUUCACGUGAGAAACAACGAUUUCGUUGGAACCCUCCAUUCUUCCCUCUCCCCCAUUUCUUCUUUGGCAAAUAACCAUCUUGGCACUUUACUUUUACCGUCUAAGCUACGAGGGUUAAGCCUUGGCAGUAACAAUUUCAGAGGCCCUGUUGACUUCAAUAUCUUUUCGCAUCUCAAGUCACUCCAAUAUCUUUACUUAUCCUAUUUGAACACCACCACCAAGAUUGACUUGACUGCAAUCUCAUCACUUUCCAAGUCGCUCGAGGCAUUAGAUCUCUCAGGAAACCAUGUUUUCGCCACAAACAAAAAAAGUUCAGUUUCUGAUCCUCCUUUGCAGUUGAUUAUCGAAUUAUCAUUGCGAGACUGUGGUAUUACGGAAUUUCCGGAGAUUCUAAGAACUCGGCAGAAUUUGGAGUAUCUUGACAUUUCAAACAACAAAAUCAAAGGUCAAGUGCCUGCCUGGUUAUGGACGCUUCCGAGCCUGUAUAACCUGGAUCUUUCCAACAAUAAUUUCAUCAGUUUCGAAAGACCAGCGAUACACGGAUUAUCCUCUCCCUUGCAGUACUUUUUUGGCUCCAAAAACAAUUUCACAGGCAACAUUCCUUCUCUCGUAUGUGAGUUGCGCUCUCUAAUCAUUCUCGAUUUAUCAGUCAACGACUUCAAUGGAUCAAUCCCUCAUUGUUUGGAAAAUCUCAAGAGUAAUCUUUCAGAUCUAAACCUUCGACAUAAUCAUCUUAGUGGAGGUCUUCCGAAGGGUGCAUUUAACAGCUUAAGGUCACUUGAUGUCGGUCAUAACCAACUAGUGGGGAAGCUUCCUAGAUCUCUGAUGAAUUGCUCUUCUCUCGAAGUUUUAAAUGUGGAAAGCAACCGAAUCAACGAUGUGUUUCCAUUAUGGUUGAGUUCUCUACAAAACCUGCAAAUUCUUAUCUUACGUUCUAAUGAAUUCCAUGGACAGAUACAUCAAGCCUCGUUCCGUAAAUUGCAAAUCAUCGAUAUAUCAUACAAUCAAUUCAGUGGAACUCUACCACCAGAUUACUUUGUGGGUUGGAGUUCAAUGUCAUCACUUGGGACAAACAAAGAUCAGUCGACAGAAAAGUACAUGGGAGAUCAAUUCGACUAUUAUUCAAUAGUAUUGAAGAAUAAAGGAUUGGAGAUUGAGAUUGUACGUAUCCUAAAAGUCCUCGCAGCACUCGACUUCUCGGGAAACAGAUUUGAAGGAGAGAUUCCAGAUUCCAUCAGCUUAUUGAAAGAGCUCUAUUCGCUCAUCUUCUCAAACAACGCUUUCACUGGCCACAUCCCAUCAUCUAUGGGGAAUCUGACAUCUCUAGAGUCACUUGACGUCUCUCAAAACAAGCUUUCAGGUGAAAUCCCGCAAGAGCUAGGAACUCUCUCAUUCCUUUCCUACAUGAACUUCUCCCAUAACCAGCUUGUUGGUCCGGUACCUGGAGGCACUCAGUUCCGAACGCAGCGUUGCUCUUCCUUCGCAAACAACUCGGGACUCUUCGGCCCUGCUCUUGACGAAGCUUGUAGUAAUAUCCACACGCCCUCACAGGAACAGUAUGAAACUCGAGAUGCAAAGGAGAAUGAAGAAGAAGAAGAGGUGUUUAGUUGGAUUGCAGCUGCAAUAGGAUUUGGACCCGGUAUUGCGUUUGGAUUUACGAUUGGAUACAUAUUGGUUUCUCACAAACCAGAGUGGUUCGGAAGUCCUUUUGCCCGAAACAAACGCAAAAGCAGAAUAACCGCAACACGUUAGAGAGCCUUCUUUACCCCCAAGUUGAAGAAGUUUUGAAAAAAAGUUGAAUGGACUGCAAAGAAGAAGCUUGUCGGGGGGAAGACAACUCAUCUAUGUCCUAAAAUUUUAGUUUCGUGUGUUUUGAUGUGUUUCUCUUUUACUCUGUUUUUGGUCAAUGUUUGUGUUUCUCUGUAACUGAGCAUCGAGCAACUCUGUUUUUCAUGAAAUCUUUUUAUUAUUAGAACUUUUCGUUUCAUAA